CCUCAUCCAGCAAGCGUUAGGAAGGUGGAGGUGGUUGUAAGGUAGGGUACAGAUAAUGGAAACAGUGCUCACAUCUGAUGUGAUAGGUGUUUGUCCCUGGAGACUAAAUAGUUCAGCACCUAACACAAAUGGUCCACUGGGUAAAUAUUGUUAAAUGAAUAAAUAAUGAGGCCCAAGCGGGGAACUUGCAUAAAGUAAAACAGAAUGAAAGCCUGAGCCCACACUGUCACUAAUGUCUUCUGUCUAGAAGGCCCCUCUGUAGUCCAGCUUGGCGGUAGUGGUGGGAGGGAGGGGGGUAGAGAAAAGGCCCAGCCUUCUCUCUGAGGCAUGCACCCCCACCUUCUCCAGGGACCUCAUUAGAGAUGUUUAGCUGAGCAGGUGUAAACCCAAUGCCCUGGGAGACAGGGCGGGGCGCCAGAGCCACACUGCUCCUCUCCUCCAGUAGAGCUGGCCUUGGUUGUGUUGCUAAGAGCUUCAGAGGCCAAAGACUGAGAAGUCAGAGCUGGAGACUAAGGGCUGCCUCUUCCAGUCAGGCAGGCCGGCGGGCACUAGUCUGCAUCUCCUGAAGCAGCCUGCCAGCAGAGGCCCUGGCUAUCUCGCACCCAGGCACCGGGCCACAGAACCAUGAGCCAGGACAGCAAAGUGAAGAUGACAGAAUCCAGCCCCCCUGCCCAGGCCAAGGCCAGGAAGGCGCUGCCUGUCCUGGACCCAUCUGGGGAUUACUACUACUGGUGGCUGAACACGAUGGUCUUCCCUGUGAUGUAUAACCUCAUCAUCAUCGUGUGCAGAGCCUGCUUUCCUGACUUGCAGCAUGGUUACCUGGCGGCCUGGUUAGUGCUGGACUACACUUGUGACCUACUGUACUUACUGGACAUCGUGGUGCGCUUCCACACGGGAUUCUUGGAGCAGGGCAUCCUGGUAGUGGACAAAGGGAGGAUCGCGAGUCGCUACGUUCGCACCUGGAGCUUCUUUUUGGACUUGGCUUCCCUGGCGCCCACAGACGCCGCCUACGUGCGGCUGGGCCCGCACACGCCCACGCUGAGGCUGAACCGCUUUCUGCGUGUGCCCCGCCUCUUCGAGGCCUUCGACCGCACGGAGACCCGCACGGCCUACCCCAAUGCCUUCCGCAUCGCCAAGCUGAUGCUCUACAUUUUCGUGGUCAUCCACUGGAACAGCUGCCUCUACUUCGCCCUGUCCCAGUACCUGGGCUUCGGGCGCGACCCCUGGGUGUACCCGGACCCCGCGCAGCCUGGCUUCGAGCGCCUGCGGCGCCAGUACCUCUACAGCUUCUACUUCUCCACGCUCAUCCUCACCACCGUGGGCGACAUCCCGCUGCCCGAGAGGGAGGAGGAGUACCUCUUCAUGGUGGGCGACUUCCUGCUGGCCGUCAUGGGCUUCGCCACCAUCAUGGGCAGCAUGAGCUCCGUCAUCUACAACAUGAACACCGCGGACGCGGCCUUCUACCCCGACCACGCGCUGGUGAAGAAGUACAUGAAGCUGCAGCACGUCAACCGCCGGCUGGAGCGGCGCGUGAUUGACUGGUACCAGCACCUGCAGAUCAACAAGAAGAUGACCAACGAGGUGGCCAUCUUACAGCACUUGCCGGAGCGCUUGCGGGCAGAAGUGGCCGUGUCUGUGCACCUGUCUACUCUGAGCCGGGUGCAGAUCUUCCAGAACUGUGAGGCCAGCCUGCUGGAGGAGCUGGUGCUGAAGCUUCAGCCCCAGACCUACUCGCCAGGCGAAUACGUCUGCCGCAAGGGGGACAUCGGCCGGGAGAUGUACAUCAUCCGCGAGGGUCAGCUGGCCGUGGUGGCAGAUGAUGGUGUCACACAGUAUGCUGUGCUUGGCGCAGGGCUCUACUUUGGGGAGAUCAGCAUCAUCAACAUCAAAGGGAAUAUGUCUGGGAACCGCCGCACAGCCAACAUCAAGAGCCUAGGUUAUUCGGACCUGUUUUGCCUGAGCAAAGAAGACCUGCGGGAAGUGCUGAGCGAGUAUCCACAGGCCCAGACUGUCAUGGAGGAAAAGGGCCGUGAGAUCCUUCUCAAAAUGAACAAGUUGGACGUGAAUGCUGAGGCAGCUGAGAUCGCCCUACAGGAGGCCACGGAGUCCCGGCUACGAGGCCUUGACCAACAGCUGGAUGAUCUACAGACCAAGUUCGCUCGUCUUCUGGCUGAGCUGGAGUCCAGUGCCCUCAAGAUUGCUUAUCGCAUUGAACGGCUGGAGUGGCAGACUCGAGAGUGGCCAAUGCCUGAGGAAUUGGCUGAGGCCGAUGAUGAAGGCGAGUCUGGGGAGGGAACUUCCAAGGAUGAGGACAGCCAAGAAGGACCUCAGGCUCAGAGUGACCCCAUCCCUAUCCCUAGGAAUCCAGAAUUAUAGGACAGCCGGCCUGCAGAAACUCUGCCAUCCUGUCUGCUGGGUUCCAGAGAUGGGAGUGAAUUGGGUCUGCAGAUGCCCACCUGGAGAUGUAGGAGUGUAGCAGACACUCAUUCCCCACUCACCAAUGCACACACAUGUGCACACAUACUACAAUUGCACAUACAUAUACAAUGCUCUAGAAUUUCCGUUCUCAGAGCGCACAUGCUUGCUCACAAACAUAGUUAUAUCUUAUACCCACAUGAUAUAUGCACAUUCAAUCAUGCACCACAAAAACACACAUAUACUGAGAGCCAUACACCAGUAGACACACAGAUGCCCUCCACACACUUGUAAAUACACAAAAGCACAUCCAGAGCCCUCUUGUUCCAAGGUAUCCUUUAAAUGCCCCCCAUAUGGGGUCACAGGUGUACCUUGCAAAUUGCACUUCAAUAAAGUACGUGCCUUCUCACCGAGCAUUUAUGGAGCUGAUGGGGAAAGGCUACUGGCUUUAGUAGUGGGCCAGAUGACUUCUCUCUGGAGAAGUCACAAGGGUGAGAGGCAUGAGCUCUGUUGUAGCUGGUGGGUUGUAUUCAAAGGGGCUGGAAUACCUGAUGAAGUGAGAAUAGUACUGAGGCAAAGCGAAGCAGGAUUAUACCCCACACUGCUAUAGUGUGU